UGCCACACCUUUCUUUUCGUUUUUGUACACAACACGCCUCCGAUCCCCCUGUGCAGUGAAGAAUGGAGAAGAAGCUGGGGUUUGGAUGCUGGGAAAAACUGCAGGCGAGCGGCUCUGCACCGUCCGUGAGGUUCGGCCACUCGACGGCUGUAGUGGGAGACUUUCUCUACGUGUUCGGAGGCGGUAGCUACAGUGACGGGGAGGAGACGGUCUACCACAACGAUCUAUUCACGCUCGACUGUGAGAAAUUGAUGUGGAGUUGUGUUGGACAAGAAGGCGAUGUCCCCACACCAAGAGAGGGAGCUAUCCUAGUAGCUGUAAGUGGGUCUCUCUAUCUCUAUGGUGGUACUGACAGAGAAGGCGCCACCUCCUGCGCUCAAGGUCUCUUUCUCUUCGACACAGUGAGCUGCGAGUGGACUAGACAGAGUACAAGCGGCUCUGCCCCCAAGGCAAUGAGCAUGUCCGGAGUCCUCUGCGACGGAAAGAUUGUCACGUUCGGUGGAGUCCUCUCGGGGAAGGGCUGCAGCCGUCCUACACUCUUGAGCUCUCGAGUCUUUGACGUGGAGUGAGGUCAGUGUCCACGAGAGACAGCCAAAACCUAGAUGUGACCACUCGUGUGCGGUGUUGGGAGGGAGUGUGUACGUCUGCGGAGGCAUGGGGAGCGACGAACUGUGGUUCAACGAUCUCCAUCGACUGGCUCUGGACCCCCUGGAGUGGAGGGAGGUGGAGCAGAGGGGGAAUCCCCCUCUCCCUCGCGACUACUCCACACUAGUCACCGUCAGUGACUGGUACCUGGUGUUGUAUGGUGGCAGCAGUGCAAUGAGUGGAAAUGAAGAGGUAUUUUCUGAUCUUCACUACAUUGACAUCACAUCAGGUCAGAUUACUGGGACCACUUCCAUUAUCACCCCAUCCCCCUUCCCUCUCCCUUCUUCCUCUCUUCUUCCCUUCCCUAACAAUAAUUAUAUCUCUCUGAAAGUGUUUCAGAUUUUCAUUGUUUAUUGUGCAUGCAUGCACCCUGACACACGGCAUAAAAUGUUUCUCUGUGAGGUAAUAUUGGCACUAAAAACGAAAAGGACUGGUUUGUAAGAGCAAUAGCCGAAGGUAAACGCUCCAUGGAAUUGUAUCUGUGUAUCUACUGUUCAGGGAGUCCAGAGUGGUGUUCGGUGGAGGUGGAGGGAGGUAACUCACCUCCUCCCAGAUACGGCCAUUCCAUGGUGGUGUGGACAAACAAGCUGCUCGUGUUUGGAGGACAA